GGAUCGCGACGUGGCGAACGAUGGAGGGUUCGAGAGCGAUGAUCGCUCGCGGGUGGUGGCGCUGAAGGAGGCGCUGGAGGAGGUGCGAGAGACGAGGGACGCGCUGUUGGCGAUUCGCGCGGACGGCGGGUCGAGCGCCGAGGCGAUCGCGGAGGCGAAGGCGGCGGUGAUCGAACGAACGCCGAGCGUGCGACGAUGGAUCGCGGGGGGGAGUGCGAUGGCGAAGAUGAGCGAAAGGAUGGAGGCGAGGGAUCGGUUUUUGAUUCACGCGUGCGUCGCGUGCGGGCAGGCGCACCUGUUCGGGGACGAAGACGCCGAGGACGCCAAAGACGACGUCGAGGGGCGCGUUCGCGAGCUCGUGCGCGUCCUGAGUAAGGUUGAGACGUUUUAUGACAUGCUUGGAGGUUUGGUCGGGUAUCAGUGCACCGCCAUGGAGCUGGCUCUGGAAUCGCUCACGGGCGAGCCCGCGCGCAUGCACAGCGCUGAGGAGUGUCAAGGCGAGGAUUGUAACGCCGUGGGUGGGGAUGUGAACUUGCUCGUGCCUCCUGGGGUGGAUUUGCGCGCGCACGACGGCGCGUUCGCAGCCACCGCCGCGCGUUGGGGCGUGGAGGAGCUUCCAAACAUGGCUGAGAUUUAUCCGCUCGGAGGCGCGGGCGACCGCCUCGGUUUGAAGGACGCAGAGACCGGGGAGAGUUUGCCCGCGGCACUGUUGCCUUACAACGGUAGACCGCUCAUCGAAGCGCUCAUUCGUGACCUCACCGCCAGGGAGUGGCUAUAUUACAAGCUCACCGGGGAACACCACAGGACGCCCGUGGCGGUGAUGACGAGCGCGGCGAAACGGAAUCACGCGCGCAUACUGUCUUUGCUCGAGGAUAACAAUUGGUUCGGUCGGGGCGAAGAUAACUACAAGCUGUUCGAGCAACCGCUCGUUCCAGUCGUGAGUGUCGAUCGCGGUCUUUGGGUUCGAGAGGAUUUCUGCGAGAUGUCUCUCAAACCUGGCGGGCACGGCGCCAUCUGGAAGCUCAUGCACGACGAAGGCGUCUUUGAUUGGCUCGAGGCGAGGCAGAGGCGAGGCGCCAUCGUGCGUCAGAUCUCCAAUCCCAUGGCGGGUACCGACACGACGCUCUUGUCGCUCUCGGGCGUCGGCGUCAAGGGCGACAAAGCCCUCGGCUUUGCGAGCUGCGAGCGUCACGUGGGCGCCGCAGAGGGUGUGAACGUGCUCGUCGAAAAGAGAGAGCUCUCGGGCGAGUACGCGUACGGCGUAUCGAACAUCGAGUACACCGACAUGACGCGACUCGGCGUCCAAGAUGUUUCUAGCGAUUCGCAAAGCGCGGAGAGCGCAUAUCCGGCCAAUACCAACGUCCUCUUUGUCGGUUUGAAGCACAUCCGGGAAACGCUCGUGAGCUCGUCCAGGGCGGCUUUCCCGGGCAUGUUGAUAAAUCUCACCAAACCAGUGAUGGAAAACGGAACGAAGGGUGGAAGAUUGGAGUGUUCGAUGCAAAACAUCGCAGAUGCGCUGAUGCGUCGCUCGAAAAAUCGUCUCGGACCUGCGGACUUUGAGAAUUUGCCGACGUUUGUGUUGUACACGCUUCGGCGUCGCGUCACGAGUAGCGCGAAGAAGAAAAGACCACCUGAGUCUAGAAAUCUCGCGCAAACUCCAGACGGAUCGUUCUUGGAUUUGCUUCGCAAUGCUAGCGAUUUGCUGAAGCGGUGCAACGUGUCUCAUCCCUCCCCGGAUAGCCAACCGCUCGAGGAGUAUUUGGAGAGAGGACCAGAUUUCAUAUUCAGCGCCAGUCCGAGCAUCGGUCCGCUUUGGGACGUCGUUGAUCAGAAGAUCCAGGGUGGCGUGAUAGAGAAAGGAUCCGAGGUUCGUCUCGAGAUCGCAGAGAUCGAGUGGAGAGACGUCUCGGUGCGAGGAUCGUUGUUCGUCGAGGCGGCGUCGCCGCUCGGUCCGGCGCGCGACGGAACCGUGUAUUUUGAUGAAGGCGCAUGUGGACGAUGUCGCCUUCGCAACGUUCGAGUCUCCAACGACGGCAUCGAUCGGAACGAAAACUCGAACGUUUAUUGGAGUAACUUUAUCGCUAGAACAGAACGUUGUUCGAUUUUUCUCGAGGGUAGCGGCGAGCUCGACGCUCUAGACGUCACGCUCGCGGGGGACGUGCGCUACGUCGUGCCGGACGGAAAGCGACUGACGCUGCGACCCGACGGCGCGGGUGGUGUUCAAGAAACGUGGGACGACAUCGUCUCACCGUCUUGGCGUUGGUCUUACGCGUUUGGCGACGACGACCGCAUCGACGUCGUCCUCGAAGAAAAGAGUUGA